AUGUCAGCGUGGUCAGACCUCGCCUUCGUUGUGGCCUCGGCCGUCACGGGCAGCGCCGUCACCCUGGCGGCGUCGGCGUUCUAUGACCUCUACCUCCAGCGCUCACACGCCUUCGACAUCAUGCCCUCGGAUCUGUCUCCCGGCAGCCGGUACAUCUACACCCGCACCCAGAGCAACGACAAGGCGGAGCGGGCCAUCACCACCUGCAGCGUCCUCAGCGCCUUGGACGCCUACAGGGCCGAUCCGGUCGACGGCCGCGACGACGAGAUCGACCGCGUCGUCUGCAUCCUCUGCCGCCGCACCAAGAACUGCGCCGCCCUCGUUGGCCCUGCGGGGGUCGGCAAGACGGCCAUCGUCGAGGGCCUCGCGCAGCGCAUCGCCACCGGGAACGUCCCCGACGCCCUUGCCGGAGCACGCAUCCUGGAGCUCGACAUGGGAGCGGUGGUUGCCGGGACAAAAUGGCGCGGCAUGUUCGAGGAGCGCUUGAAAGACGCCAUCAAGCACGCCGAGGAGGCGGGAGGCAAGGUGAUCCUCUUCAUUGAUGAGUUGCACAUGAUUGUUGGCGCCGGCGAUAAAGGAGGCCCCAUGGACGCUGCCAAUAUCCUCAAGCCAGCAUUAGCCCGCGGUCGCAUCCGUUGUGUGGGUGCUACUACUUCCGAAGAGUAUCACAGGUAUAUCCAGAGGGACGCUGCGCUUGAGCGCCGGUUCCAGAAGGUUGUUGUCGAGGAGCCAAACGUGCAGGCAACCAUUGGCAUCCUAAGAGGGCUGAAACAGCGGUACCAAGAGCACCAUGGCUUGAAAAUCCACGACGAUGCUCUCGUUGCUGCAGCACAGCUCGCCGGCCGUUACAUUACUGGUCGCCAGUUUCCUGACAAGGCGAUUGAUUUGAUGGACGAGGCAUGCUCUACCGCAAAGGUGCAUUUUGACAAGCAGAAAGUCGAGAACAAUAUAAUUAGCUCUAUAUUUGCACCGAAGGAGUUAACUAUUAGCCCAGAUCAUGUCGCACAGGUUGUCAGUCGAUGCACUAGUAUCCCUCUCACCACACUUGGUCAAGAAGAGAAGGAGAAGCUAGUCCACCUAGCGAAAAAAUUGCAUGAGCGAGUUGUCGGUCAGGAUGAAGCCGUCAAUUUGGUUGCUCAAGCUGUGCUACGUUCUAGGAUUGGUUUUGGUCAAUCUAGCCGACCGAUAGGUUCAUUCCUCUUUUUGGGGCCGCUUGGUGUUGGAAAAACAGAACUCGCAAAAGCUCUCGCCGAGAGGAUAUUUGACAAUGAGAAGGCAUUGAUCCGCUUUGAUAUGUCGGAAUAUGCUGAGAGUGGGUAUGUGGCACGCCUCAUUGGGGGACCUCGAAGUUAUGAAGAAGAUGGACAACUUACCGAGAAAGUCAAGAGGUGUCCAUACAGUGUUGUCCUUCUCAACCAGGUGGAUAAGGCAGAUCCCUCAUUAUUCAAGGUUUUUAUCCAACUCCUCGAUGAUGGUGUUUAA